CUCUCCACCGCUCUCUCAUCUGCUCCUCAUCUGCCCCCCGCACACAUAUACAAGCCCUCUCUCUCCCUUUCCAUCCCCAUCGCACCCCAUCGCACCUCCAUCCAGCCUCGACUCACUUAGCUCUCGUUUGAUAUCUUGACUAUGCAGAACUUCCCUGCUAACCGCAGGCCCUCGGGGCGUCGCCCGUCCGAUAGGCGGCCUUCUGAGAUCUCUUCGAGGCGUCCGUCUAUCGAUCCGUCCCGAUUGAUUCCUAUGGACAAGGCCCAUCAUGUUCAAGGCAGUGACGACUUCAACGUCGUCUUCGUAGGCGCCGGUAAUAUUAUGUUUGGCUCGGACGAAGGUCCAUGGAACCAUUCCUUCCGUCUCGAGCACAAGCUCGGCCCGCGCCUCAAGGUCGUCGCGCUCAUCGACCCCGCGAUCGAUCGCGCGACGUCGGUGCUGCAAAAGAAGUGCGAGACGUUCGUGCGCUCCGCGUACGAGAACACGCGCGUGUUCCGCACCCUCGAGGACUUCGUCAAGAACAUGCAGCCGCGCGACCGCCCGCGCGCGGUGAUUGUCGGCUCGCCGCCGAUGUUCCGCGGCACGACGCAGCCGGGGCGCGACAUCGAGCUCCAGAUCAUGCGCUACUUCCCCGGCGUCGCGAUGUUCAUCGAGAAGCCGAUCGCGACUGGCCCAGAGGGCGAGAUUGCGGAGGCGUUCAAGGUGUCCCAGCAGAUCGACGGAAGCGGGACCAUCUGCUCGGUCGGGUACAUGCUGCGGUACUUGAAGGCCGUGCAGAUGAUCAAGCGCAUCAUCGAGGACAACAACCUCUCGGUCAUGUCCACCAUCGCGCGCUACGCUUGCGCCUACGAGGCGAUCGCCAAGCCCGACUGGUGGGACAAGUCGAAGAGCGCGGGCCCCGUCGUCGAGCAGGGGACGCACUUCUGCGACCUCUCGCGCUACUUUGGGGGCGAGGUCGACAUCUCGUCCGUCGUCGCACACUCGCUCGAGUGGCACGAGAACGCGGGGCAGCUGACCAAGAUCGCGUUCGACGAGAGCGCGAUCCCGCCCGAGAACAGGAUCCCGCGCGUCACGUCGGCGACCUGGAAAUACGAGAGCGGGGCGGUCGGAAGCUUCAUGCACGUCGUCGCGCUGCAGGGACACAACUACAGCUGCGAGCUCGAGGUUUACGCCGACGGGUACCAGUUCAAGCUGGUGGACCCGUACGUGCAGCCGACGCUGUACAUCCGGCGCCCGGGCUCUGACCUGGACGAGACGCACCGGUUCCCCGACGACGACCCGUUCUUCUCCGAGGUGUCGAACCUGAUCGACGUGAUCGAGGACAUCGAGGAGGACCCUGAGAGCGCGACGAUCCUGUCGUCGUUUGACGACGCGUGCAAGACGUACGAGCUCACGUGGGCGAUCCGCAAGGCGAGCGAGGAGUCGAGGAAGAAGAAGCAGUCGCAGCCGGCGGCUUGAGCGUACGGCGGGAUCGACGGGACGAAAAAUGCAUGCAUAAACGAACCGAGAACGAGCCAAGCAGGAGGGAUUUGUCCAGUUGUUUGUUGUUGUCUUUGUUGUUGUACUACCCAAAGUUCACGCUGGAAGUGCGACAUCGCGCACGAUAGACUAGAGCCCGUGGAGAAGUAUUUACAUCG